AUGACUUUUUGCCAUUCUCUGUUCUGUAUCCUCAACUACUACAGAAACUUUAAAAGGGAUCUGGACAGAUCAGGUUCCCGAUUGUCCUCCAGGUCUGGAUCAGGCUCCGGAAGGGGUUCCGGCUUUGACUCGUCAGCACAGGAGCACAGCCAAGAGUCAGACAAUUAUGACCCCAGUCACAAAGUCACAAGUAGAAAGCCUCCAACCAAGGCCAACACCAGAAACGGGAAGAAAAGCAACGUGCAGAGGAAAAAGCCCUCGGCGGGCUCGUCCUUGGACGAUGGCAUGAAAUCGACAUCGAUCCAGGGGUCCAGGCGCCAGGCCACGCAGAAUGUCAGUUACAAGGAGGACGACGAGGCGAAGACAGACUACGACGACCUGGUGGAGGUGUGCGGGGAGGACGUACCCCUGCCGGAUAUGGACGAGUUUGAGACCCUGGAGCAAGUGAUGGAGACGCGGAUAGGGAGGAGAGGAGACGGAGGAGACACUCAAGCUGCAGAACGUCACGGGUAUGAAGAAACUGGACAACUUCAAGAAGGAAUCGGACAAGCGGAAAUGGAUGAAAUGUUCUUCACCAGAGGAUGUGGAAUACUUAAACUGUCAACAGGAGCUCAUGGACAAUUUACACAAUAUCAGCUGGUGGAGAGGAUAAUUGGGCAUUCGAAUCAGAAGUCGACGGCAGGUUUCUCCGACUACCUUUGCAAAUGUCAGGGCCUACCGUACUCUGAGUSCAGCUGGGAGGACGGAGCCCUCAUCUCCAGAAAGUACCAGAAAAGCAUAGAUGGCUACAUGCGCAGAAACCAGUCCAAGUCCAUUCCCUCCAGAGACUGCAAGUGCUUCCACGAGCACAGCGGCAGCAAGGACAGUGACAACGGGGACAGGCAUACAUCCGCAGACCCCUGCCGCAGGAAGGGCGGGAGCGAGGAGGACUCCAGGAAGAGACCCUACUCGUCCUUCAGCAACGGCAAAGACCACCGAGACCACUACCGGUCAGACCGGCAGGACAGCAGACACUACAAUGACACUGAGCACAGGAAGGUGGAUGAGCACAGGUCAGGCCGAGACAGACGGAUGGACAGCAAGGAGCACCACCACUCUUAUUCCAAACACCGCUCGUGCUCAGAACACAAUUCGUCGUCACGAGGCGACUCCUACCACUCAGACUGGCAGAUAGACCACCGGGCAUCGGCCGACGGGGCCCGUUCACCUCGCGACCAGCGCUCACCCUACGACGGACGCUCGCCACUGGGCCACCGUUCGUCCUUCGAGUACAAGAGCACGCCGGAGCAGAUGUGGAGCAGCCGAAAGACAUAGCGUCGAUAUUAUCAGCCAUAGACACACGUUGAACACAGGAAAUGCCUUAUGGGGACUGUGGAGGAAAACAAAGCUGUACUAUUCACUGUGUAUCUGUGGACUCAGCUUUCCUGUGGUGCCCACACUCCAAUAGUGCACCACAUCCAGGAACGACAGGGAUGGGAUUAGGAUGUCAGAGAAAUGUUAUAUUUUGGUAUUUAAGAGUUGAAAGCUGCACUGUGCUAUAGGUGUCACAGUAUAGUUUAUUCUCUUAUUUUUUCUGAAAUGGAUGGCUUUGUUUCUUUUUACUCAAAUGGACACAGAUACCCUCGAGUGCUGCCCCCACAUCUCACCAAACCACAACACA